AUGGCCAACAAAAACGGCAACAACGACAAAAGGAAUAACACUGAACAAGAGGAGGCCGUGGAGAUGGUGAGGUUUGGCGGUAGAGGAUCAAGAAAGACCGAAUUCCGUCGUCCAACCGGGGUCGCCGUUUCUCAAGCUUCGGAAAUCUUCAUCGCUGAUUGCUUAAACGAGCGUGUUGUAGUGUGUAACACCCGCGGGAAGGUCGUCCGGACGUUCGACACGGCAGUGAAGGGUAUCUUUACGAGAAAGUCCUUCCGACCAAACGACGUGGCCUUUGACAGGGACGGUAACCUGUGGGUUGUUGGGACUAUCAUCGUAAACGAGAAGGAUCUUCUUUCUGAUAAUCUGCUCGCACAGUUCUCAACUGAAGGUCGGUUCCUGACAAAGAUUGACCUUCCCCUUACUGGUGUCACCAGUGGGGUUGCUACGAGGGCUGAUAUCGGGCAUGUACGCGUGCAGGAUCAGUCAAAGGGAAAGGCCGUCUCGAAGAAGAAGAAGGGUGGGGAGCCAAAAAAGUCCGAAGAAGAGAAUGAUGGACUCGAACAGUACACGAAUGUGGUAGAGAUCGUAGUCACCGAUCAGCGAACAAGGAUAGUAGAAAGAAAAGGACACAGUGAAAGUUGUGUGAAAGUUGUCACUCCCGACGGUACCCAAGUGAAGGUCGUGGGGCCCAGAAACACCAGAAAACCGACCGGCGUCGCAGUCAAUCAGAAAGGAGACCUGUACGUCACCGACAGUUGGCUGCACUGCGUCCAUGUUUUCAUGGAGGGUCGCGACGUUACAAAGAAGUACAAGAAGUUUGGAGGGUUCGGUAGCGGGGAUGGACAGUUGGACUCUCCGCACGGUAUCUGCUUGGACCGACAGGGUAACGUCAUCGUGGUGGACAGGGGGAAUUGGCGGGUGAGUGUGUUCGACAGAGACGGCAAGUUUGUCCGACAUAUCAUAACGGACAUGGCAGAUCCGUGUGCUGUGGCAAUUGGGCCGAACUUUCUGGUGGUUACCUGUGUUGGUCACUGUGGUACGGACACAGUGACUAUAAUUCCAUACAGCCAUUAG